AUGGAAAACAUUGGGUUUCAAGUGAUUGUUAACGAAAUUUUCACAAGGCUCUCUGCAGAAGAUAUUGGUCGUUUGAAAUGUCUUUCCAAAAAAUUUUAUAGGGAACUGUCAAGUCAUGGAUUUCAGAUGAUGCAUGCUCUCCGAAGUGGAGAUUCACUACAAAAGAAACUACUCUCCUUUAAAGACACGUCAAUUGUCGUUGACGACGUAGUUGUUGGUAAUUUGGAUGUUGUUAGAAGCAAAACCUUAAGUUUUCCUAACAAUGUCCACCCUAGCUUCUUACGUAUUCUAUCGUCGUUUAAUGGUUUGUUAUUAGUUUGCAAUGAAGGGAUUUGCUGUGAGCUGAUUCUUUGGAAUCCAACUACCAGGCGAUAUAAGGUUUUGUCUGAUGACUACUUCAAUUACAAUCAUGAUCGAAACUCCGAUACUGGUGGAAUUUAUUUUGAUCAAUUCAAUGAUCUGAAAGUGUUGAACACCAGAUGUUACCGUAAUGUAGCUACUGCUCGUGUUUACUCACGACGUUGUGAGUCAUGGAGAACAAUAAAUUUCGGUAGCGUAAACAAUUAUGGUUCAAGUGGUUAUUCAUGGUCUACAGGAGUUUAUGCUGAUAAAACCAUAUAUUUUAUGGUUUCAAAUUAUUGGUAUCCACUUGGUGAGAGGAGCAUCGUUGCUUUUGAUGUUCUGAGUGAGACUUUCAGAAUGCUUUGUUUUCCAGAGAGUAAUGUAGUCAAUCCUUGCCAAGGGCAUUUUUUGACCAUUGCAUAG